AUGAUUGGUUCCAACAUUUGUCGAGCAAUGCUUUUGACCAUCUCAGACAUGGUUCACCUCAACAAUUUACUAAUUGCUGCAGGAGCUAUGGAGGACCUCACAACUUCACAAAAAGCAGAAUUGAAAGAAUUGUUGUUGCAUUAUGAGGCAUUAUUUCAGGAGCCACACCAGUUACCUCCUCAAAGGAAAUAUGAUCAUAAAAUCACACUGUUAAAAGAUAAUCCAGUUGAAUACCUAGGACAUAUAAUUUCAGCACAAGGUGUAGCACUCGAUCCUGCUAAAGUAGAUGUUGUCAUAACAUGGACUUCUCCUACCAAUGUCAAACAGCUCAGAGGAUUUUUAGGGAUUUCAGGCUACUACAAAAGAUUUAUUCAGAAUUAUGGCAAAAUUGCACAAGCAUUAACCAACCUACUGAAGAAAGAUGCAGCAUUUCAGUGGACUAAGGAAGUAGAAGAAGCAUUUCAAAAGCUAAAAAGGGCACUCACUAAGGCUCCUGUACUAGCAUUACCAAAUUUUGAUGACGAAUUCACAAUUGAAAUAGAUGCUUCUGGCCAAGGAAUAGUAGUAGUUCUUCUCCAGAAAGGACAUCCAGUGGCCUUUAUUAGUAGAGCAAUGGGAGUGAGGUAUCGUUUAUUAUCAACAUAUGACAAAGAAUUUUGUGCUAUCUUAUUUGCUGUAAAAAAAAUGGCAGCAUUACCUAUUAGGAAAUCAUUUCAAGGAAGCAUUCUCUCUAAAUGGACAGCGUUUCUCGCGUUGGCUGAAUAUUGGUAUAAUACCAAGUUUCACUCUUCAACCCAAGUUACUCCUUUUCAAACCUUGUAUGGCUACCCACCUAUAUUAAAUACACCGUUAUUGGUAAGUGACUCAAUGAUACAAGCAGUUGAUUACAUUGUUAAGACCAGGGACGAGAUUUCUACAUUAUUAAAGAAGAAUUUACAACAGGCUCAAGACAAAAUGAAGGUGAAUGCAAAUAAGAAAAGAACUGAGAAAGAAUACAAAGUUGGUGAUCUAGUUUAUUUGAAGUUACAGCCCUAUAAGCAGACCUCCUUGCCUAGCACAUCAUUCCAUAAACUUGUUGCACGAUAUUUCAGCCCUUUCAAAGUAUUGGAAAGAAUCGGACAAGUAGCAUAUAAGUUAGAGCUGCCACAAGGCUCUAAAAUACAUUAUGUUUUUCACAUUUCCCUGUUGAAGAAAUGUCAUGGACACAACAUUCAAUUCCAACCUUUACCAAACUACAAUGAAGAUGGAGACCUUGAAGUCCAACCUAUUGUCAUACUAGAUAGACGGAUGAAGAAGAAAGCUAACCGGGCAGUCACAUAA